AGACACGGCCAGAGCACUGAGAGAUAUCGGGUAUUGAUGUAACUGGAGUGAAUAAGGGAACCUUCUUCCUGAGCACAGACAUUGGAGCCUCUUAUCAGCAUGAACUCAUAUGUGUUAGACACGGCCAGAGCACUGAGAGAUAUCAGGUAUUGAUCUAACUGGAGUGAAUAAGGGAACCUUCUUCCUGAGCACAGACAUUGGAGCCUGUUAUCAGCAUGAACUCAUAUGUGUUAGACAAACACGUCAAUAUUUCAUAUCUAUCCUUCACUACAGUCUUAGACACCAAUGACUAUUCAAAAACUUUGGAUAUAUCACAGCAGAAAUUUAAAGGAGAUGGUGAAUUGGCAGGAACUGGGCAGAAAUCAUUAUGUACAGAGAGUAAUUUAGUAAUCAAACAAGAGGACAACAUUUAUGCCUUAUCUAGUGAAAUUAUUUUCCCUGAGGAUAAACCACACACAUUUACAGAGUUUUCAAAACAUAUUAAAGAAAGGAAAAGUCUACAGUCUUGCCAAAUGAUUCAUACAAAGGAGAAAAAAAUUCAAUGUACAGAGUGUGAGAAAAGCUUUAGAUGGAAGUCUCGUCUACUUGAACACUACAGAUUUCACACAUGUGAGAAGCCAUACACAUGUACUAAGUGCGGCAAAUGCUUUACACAAAUGAAUCAUCUGAAAAAUCAUAGAAGGAUUCACACAGGAGAAAAGCAUUUCACGUGCACAGAGUGUAAAAAAAGUUUUACAUAUAAGAGUGAUCUGAAAAGGCAUGAAAGGAUUCACACAGGGGAAAAACCUUUCACAUGUACAGAGUGUGGAACAAGUUUUACAGAACAGAGUACUCUGAAAACUCAUGAAAGGAUUCACACAGGAGAAAAGCCUUUCACAUGUACAGAGUGUGGAACAAGUUUUACACAAAAGAGUUAUCUGAAAACUCAUGAAAGGAUUCACACAGGGGAGAAGCCUUUCACAUGUACAGAGUGUGGAAAACUUUUUACACAAAAGAAUCAUCUGAAAACUCAUGAAAGGAUUCACACAGGGGAGAAGCGUUUCCCAUGUACAGAGUGUGGAAAAAGUUUUACACAAAUGAAUUGUCUGAAAACUCAUGAAAGGAUUCACAAGGGAAGAGACCUUUCACAUGUUUAGAAAGUGGAAAAAAGUUUUUUUUAUUGAAAUCAUGUAUCACAAAACACCAAAUAUUUACACACAAAUAAACUAUAUAAACACAGUGUACAAACCGUUUUACAAUUAUCGUAAAGAGGACAAAAUCUAUAAAUGGAAGCAUCAAAAUGGAUGUUAUUGUAAAUAAUACUUUAUAAAUCCCAGUUAUAAAAGCCCCAGAUUGGAAGUGUUCUUCUGCUGUCCUUUGUUCCUCUAUAUAUGUGCACCUCAGUUUCUCUCAUAUAAAUGUGAUAGAAUCCAAACACCACACAGGAAUAUACAGAUCUGUCCCCAUACUGACCAGUUUACACAACCAUUCACCACUAAAGCACCCCCAGUGUUGUUUAUUAAUAGCCAGUGUUAGGAGUUGUACAUUUGUUUUACAUAGGGGAGGAAAUAAUUACAUUUACAGAAUAAAGGAGUCUUUAUAUGAAUAGAGUGUUAGAGAAUUAUAUAAACAAGAACAUCAGUCUCAAAUGAUUGACAUCUGGGAGAUAUAUUUAUUGUGCACAUCAUGUGGAUAAACCUUUUCUUAUAGCAAUAGAUGCUUAGCAUUGUACAUGUUAUAUACCAGAGGAAUUACUGAGGGGAAACUGAUUUUAUUUCAUGAGACGCAAUAUCAGUAACCGGUACAUACGUGAUCAUAAUCAGUUUAAUUUAAAUGGCUACUAUAACCUACAUGUAUACUGGGUAUGUAAUAUGUGUGUCAUGUUCUGUAACUUGAUAUUAUGUCUGUUAGAUGUUUUCAUGUUAGUUAGAAGCCACAAGAACUGAUAAUAGCACAUACUAUAUAUUUAAACGGAACAUUAUAUGUCUGAUAAAUCCCUUUGUAUCAAGAGCACAAGUGUUAGGUAUAUUUAUACCAUUGUGUGCAUAUAUCAUGUAAUGCUGCUUUUUACUAUAUAAUGAUAUACAAUGUUUUUUUUCAUGCAAAUAAAAAGUGAUUGUAAGCCA